AGCGCUGCGGGCGCGCGCCGCCUGGCCCGGCGGAAAGUUUUCCUGGAGGAGUUUUGGCGGCGGUGGUGGCGACCGGAGCGGGCCAUGGACGCGCUCAAGUCGGCGGGGCGCGCGCUGAUCCGGAGCCCCAGUCUGGCCAAGCAGAGUUGGGCGGGCGGCCGGCACCGCAAGUUACCAGAGAACUGGACGGAUACUCGGGAGACACUGCUGGAGGGCAUGAUUUUCAGCCUCAAGUACCUUGGCAUGACGCUGGUGGAGCGGCCCAAGGGCGAGGAGCUGUCGGCAGCUGCUGUCAAGAGGAUCGUGGCCACAGCCAAGGCCAGCGGGAAGAAGCUGCAGAAGGUAACUCUCAAGGUGUCGCCCAGGGGAAUCAUCCUGACUGACAGCCUCACUAGCCAGCUCAUUGAGAACGUGUCCAUUUACAGGAUCUCCUACUGCACCGCAGACAAGAUGCACGACAAGGUGUUCGCAUACAUCGCUCAGAGCCAGCACAGCGAGAGUCUGGAGUGCCACGCCUUCCUCUGCACCAAACGGAAAGUGGCGCAAGCCGUCACCCUCACUGUAGCCCAGGCCUUCAAAGUUGCCUUUGAGUUUUGGCAGGUGUCCAAGGAAGAGAAAGAGAAGAGGGAGAAAGCCAACCAAGAGGGAGGAGACAUCUCAGGGACCCGACAUGACAGCACCCCAUCAUUGAAAAGCUUGGUUGCUACUGGGAACCUGCUGGAUUUGGAAGAAGUGUCUAAGGCUCCGUUGUCCACGGUCUCCACUAAUACAAACAACAUGGACGAGACACUGCGGCCUCAAGUCUUGAGCAACAACAGUGUCGUCUGGGAGUUGGACGAUGGCCUGGAUGAAGCAUUUUCAAGGCUGGCACAGUCACGGACGAACCCUCACGUCCUGGACACUGGACUGUCAGCACAGGACAUCCAUUAUGCACAGUGCUUAUCGCCCACUGACUGGGACAAGCCCGACAGCAGUGGCAUUGAUCAAGAUGACCUCUUCAACUUCUGAGGGCCUAAGACUGGCAGGACACAACUGGCCUUGACAUGUGAUGGACCAAAGCCACCUGCAGCAGAGCAGCCAUCACACGGAGCCGUCAGCUGCUCUUGCAGAGCUUGCAGAUGAGAGCUGCACAGUCAGGCAGGCAGGGAGGGAGGGAGGGCAGGGAGAGCCUGCACUAUCCAGUCAGUGACUCCUGGUUUAUGCUCGGAAAGCAGGUUUGCAUCAGGAGCUCAUGGUGUGUGCAGGGCAGGGCCUGGCCUCCUGGCCUCUCUCCUGGAGCCAGCACCCCCUCCAGUGGGUGUCAAGACAGUGACCAAAGCAUUCCAUGUUCCUUCUCUCUGGGGCAUCCUUACUCCCCAAGCAGUGAGAGCCUAUUAUUUGUGCACUGGAGGGGACAUGGCCUUCAGGGAAGCUGGGGUCCUCAAGUUCCGCUUCUCUGGGGCCAGGUGGCUAAGGCUCUCAGACAGGCAGCCUCUGACCAAAGACACAUAGCUCUGCACUUUAUCUCACAUAAUGGACAUGGUUUGAGGUCCUUGAUGGUGCUGUGGGAAUAGAGCUUGCCUCCUGCCCUUCCUCUACAAGAGGGCCACAGUCCCUGAGGUGGGCUGUGCAGUGCUAGGAUCUAAUUACCAGCUGCCCAGACUCUUAGAGUCUCACCACAACCACGACCGUGGGGAUCACCUCUGCGUGGCUUUGGGGCGUCCCCUACAGACAAAGCUGGGCCUGCCCUUCUGUUUUGUCUGUGUGUCCUGUGUACCCCCAUUUUCUGCUUCCCCUUAAUUCCUGGAAUAAUACCAAAGCCUAGCACUAGGUUGUGGCAGAAUACUUUUCAUCCAUUUUACAGAUAAGGAAACUGAGGCAACACAUGUCGGAGGAUGGAGUUGAGAAUAGAACCCAGAUCUGGUACCAAAGCUGCUGUUUGUGCUGCCAACCUCUCUCAGCCCACGCCUCCUUUCUCUCUAGCUUAGUUGUCCUCCCAGGAACCAAAAAGCCCCAGCUAUUUUCUGACCAAAAUGUGUUUCAUAACAAACCAUCUGGUGCCUUUCCCCACAGCGCUGGCGCGGGCCUCCAUGCCCUGCUAGCUGCCACGCUGCUGACUUCCGGGAAGAUGUGUUUUGAAGUCUUUUGAUUCCACGGGUUAAAUGGAAUCCUCUAGAAGUAUCUCUCUGUCCCUCCAUUAUGCUGCAGCCCCAGUAGUUCCCCCACCCCACCCAGUAGUCGAGCAGUCCAUUGAUGAGCUGUCCUUAGUCUCGCUGGCCCCAUGGGCUCUGGCAUCCUGAACCUCAGCCAAGCCCCAAGCAUCUUCUCCUCCCUAGGAGUCCCCAGUGGCCAGGCUUGUGAGAGCAGGUCUCAGUAGUCCCCGGACGACUUAGAGUUCCCAGCUCUUAGUGAGUGGCUGAAUCAGACCCUUCCUUGCCUUGGGGAGUGCACUUGGAGAAUCCUCCCUAGAAUCAGGGUAGCUCCCCUCCAACCCCAGCCAGCUCCAGGGUCCUGAGUGUGAGGAGCUGCCAUGGUGUUGGGUGAUGCUGUGGUCUUCACAGACUGCCUGCUGCCGAGGCUGCUGUGUGAAGCUGGAAAGGCAGCUCUGAGAAAGAAACAAUAAACGUUCCCUCUUUUAAGUAUAA